AUGACGAGACAUCGUAAACAGCGCGUGAAACGUAAGGGCUCAGUUUCCGAAGAAUUAACAAGCGAUACCGGAACUGAUGUAACUGAUACUGAUUUAUCAAUUACAACGGCAACACCUUCACCAAAUUCUGAUUCAUCUAAAUCUUUUAUUAAAUCAUCUGAAACUUUGCGUAGACGUAAAGAUAAUAUCACUGAAACAGCUGAAGAAAUUUUGAAUACUACAUACUUUCUAAAACCUGAAGAAGACAGGCCUUUUCUUACAAAGAAACGUGUCGUGUUCACUGCUGGUAUCAUUCUUGGACUUACCAUUGCGUGGUUAAUGGGACAAAGAAGGACUGAGAUUUCUAAUUAUAUCUCAGUUGCUUUUUCUGAUUUGGAUUUUGCUAGCAUUUUACCAGCAAAUAUUCUUGUGGAUGAACUACUGGGUAAUAUUACUUUAUUUCUCAAACCGAAUUUAACACUCUUGGAAGAUAAGGAAUUUUAUCCUGCUCUGGAUUUGAUUGUUGAGGGAGUGAAAUCACAUCAUCCGGUUGUUUUGAUUCCAGGAAUUGUCUCAACUGGUUUAGAAAGUUGGAGCACGUCUAAUUGUUCACGACCGUAUUUUCGAAAGCGAAUGUGGGGAACAACAACAAUGUUCCGUGCUGUAUUAUUGGAUAAAGAGUGCUGGACUGAAAACAUGAAACUUGAUCCCGUCACCGGUUUGGAUCCACCCAACUUUAAAUUGCGGGCUGCACAAGGUCUUGAUGCAGCUGAUUAUUUAUUCCCAGGGUAUUGGGUAUGGGGCAAAAUGAUUCAAAAUUUUGCGGCAAUCGGUUAUGAUAAUAAUAAUAUGCAUCUUGCAGCCUAUGAUUGGAGACUCUCAUUCUAUAAUCUUGAAGUUAGGGAUCAAUAUUUCUCCAAGCUUAAAGCGACCCUUGAACUGGCCAAAAAAAUUGACGGAAGGAAAAGUGUGGUAGUCAGUCAUUCAAUGGGUGGAUUGGUAACUCUUUAUUUCUUUAAAUGGGUCGAAUCGCCUACAGGAGGAAAUGGAGGACCAAAUUGGGUGAAUGAAUAUAUAGAAGCGUUUGUUAAUAUAGGCGGACCAUUGUUGGGCUUGCCUAAAGCUUUGUCGGCAUUACUUUCAGGUGAAAUGCGUGACACUGUUGAAUUAGGGGCCUUUGGAAUUUAUGUUCUUGAACGUUUCUUCUCAAAGUUGGAACGCGCUGGCCUGUUUCGCACUUGGGGAGGUCUUUCUUCAAUGUUACCUAAAGGCGGUGAAGAAGUCUGGGGUACAGAACAUCAAGCACCUGAUGAUCGUAAUGAUGUUGAUGAAACAUAUGGUUCCAUGUUAACAAUCCGAUCGUUAAUUAGAAAGAAAGAUAAUAAUAGUAAUACAAAUGCUAGUAGUACCCAUAAGUCCGAGAGAAUAAAACAUCACUCUUGCAAAUCUGGUGUAAACCUUUUACUAAAGUCUACACCUGAUUUUAGUGAGAUGUUGACAAGAAAUUAUAGUUUUGGGAUAACCAGUAGUGAAGAAGAAAUGCAAAAAAUGAAAGAGGAUCGUACCAAAUGGACAAAUGUGUUGGAAUCACAGUUACCUAAUGCGCCUAAUAUGACGAUAUAUUGUUUUUCAAUGAAUUCUGAAACAGACCCCAAAAUAAAAAGUGGAGUACAUAAUGGCGAAGGAGAUGGUACGGUGCCACUACUUUCUUUAGGAUACAUGUGUACUAAAGGAUGGAAAAAUCCCUUAUAUAAUCCAGCAAAAAUUAAAAUAAUUACACGAGAAUUUCAACACGAGGUAGGACCAGCUUUUGAUUUGCGUGGCGGAGCAAAAACAUCGGAUCACGUUGAUAUACUUGGAAAUUACGAACUCACGAGGGAUACAUUGAAAAUCGCAUCUGGAAGGGGUGGAGAACUUGAUGAUCGUAUAACCUCGGCUAUUCGAGAAUACUCCGCCAAAGUUAAAAUAUAA